AUGGGCACUGAAUAUAGUCACACGGUCCCAAGGGACAUCCAAAAGUCCUACAGGAGAAGGAAGGAAGCGUUUUUGACAAAAGUUCACCGUUCUGUACAACCGUCAGCCGUUCCAUCCAAAUCCCAGGGCAGCAUCUCUACAAUGGCGAUGGGAAAUAUCAAGAAUGACCCUUUUACCGAGGAAACCAUCAGUAUUAGUACACGCAGCGAUACUAGUGCAGACACUCACAUAUUUGACACUAACAUUGGUGCUAUACGACCUGGUCUAUAUCCCCGGAAGGACGCCGUUCUUCGACAGUCGUCAAUGGAGCAGAGUCAGGGUAAACUACAUAUCCGGAUCAAGUACGACUUCCGGACCUCCGAUGUACUCGUUCAUCUCAUUGAAGCUCAAGAACUUCUGGUAGAUAAGUCACGUGAGCAUGAAGGAGGCUUUGGGGAUCCGUGCAUCCGGAUUAAUAUGGUACCGGAAGUUGAUGAGAUAACACGACAAUCGUCGGUCAAACGCAGAGCCCACAAUCCGUUUUACAAUGAAUACUUUAAAUUUCCGGUGACAGUUGACGAGGUCAAAGAACGAACAUUGAUUUUUCAGGUCUUUGACUAUGAUAAGUUUUCCCGUCAUAAAACGAUGAGAGAAGUUAGAGUCGAUCUGGGACAGGUUGACGUCACAAACAGUGUAGAAAUGUGGUGUGACAUUCAAAAGCAAAGUCAGGUGAGAUUAUCAGUCUUUGAUGUUUUAGCGUCAAACUAUAUUUAGGAUACAAAUAUGCUUAAACGCAUGGAUUGAUCUCUGAGUAUUGUUUUAAACAUCACAAAUUGCAAUUCGUCCUGUAAACACUAAUCACUGUUUUCUUAACUGAACAGAUUUUCUCGUUGCAUAUGCAUGUACUUGGUAUGCUAAAUAUGAUAAAGAAUUAUCAAUGAAU